ACAUCACAGAGGGACACAUCGUAUUUAUGCUCAUGCAGUCGACGGUCAUUCCGCAUUGACGCUCAGCCUCCCUCAGCCUCAGCAUCCACCUUGCAGCUGCCGCCGUGGUCAUGGAGUCCGACAAAGUGGUGGAGAGAAUCUACCUCCUGGUCAUCGUCACCCUCAUCAGCGUACUUCAGAACGUAUUCUUCGCCCAGAAGGUAGAGAAGGAAUGCAAGACGGCGACAUCUUCUACUUGCCGAGUGUCCUGUGCCAAUCGUAACUGCAUGGACACUUACCCCACUUUCCUGGCAGUGAUGUGGUGUGCCGGCCUUUGUCUCAGUCAAGCUCCUGCCGCCUUCGCUGGGAUCAUCUAUCUCAUGGUCAGGCAGAAGUACUUCGUCGGAUACUUGGGACAAACCUCUCAAAGCACCCCAGGCUACCUGUUUGGGAAACGCAUCAUCUUCUUCCUGUCCCUCAUGUGCAUCGUGGGCAUCUUCAACUACCUGCUGUGGCGCUACUUCGGCAGCGACUAUCAGGAGCACGUGCAGACCAUCACCAGCGCCGCGUCUGCUCUUCUCCUCAUCCCGUAGACCGGCGCGUGUCCCGACACCUGCCCACAUUCGCCCUUAAACCGAUGAGACCUGUUGCAUUAAAACACGUUUGUCCUGCUUUUGUCGUUGUGCAAGGGGAUUUAUUGUUAGAGCUUAUUCGAGUUUCGGUUGAAAUAUAGAAAACUUCUCCAUAAACACAUGGUACAAACUUGUGAUAAAACAUUUGAUUUUGUAGUGGCAAAUACAACACAAUAAAAUUUUUUUAAAAAGUGUGCAAAUCA